AUGUUUACGAGACGCUCGCACGUGCUACUCGGUAGUGCUACACACUUUAUGCGUCGCCAAUGGUCAAUGCCACCCAUGUCGAGGUCCAUGAGCACAGCAAGCAACAAGGUCGAGUGCUACAUUUCAAAGAUCAACGAUCCCUAUAUCAAUCUCAGCAUUGAAGAAUGGCUUCUACGCGAUACCGAUCCCGAGAAGUACAUACUUUAUUUAUGGCGUAACCGGCCUUGUGUGGUUAUUGGAAGGAAUCAGAAUCCGUUCCUGGAGUGUAACCUGGGCUUUAUGCAAGAGCACAAUAUUCCUUUAGUGCGAAGGCGUUCAGGUGGCGGUGCUGUUUAUCAUGAUAUGGGCAAUUCGAUCUAUACCAUCUUUAUGCCGAGGGAAGCAUUUUCUCGUAGAGUGAAUGCUGAGCUGGUCUCGAGAGCACUUCAGGAGUUGGAUAUCCCCGCAUAUGUCAAUGAUCGCCACGAUAUCGCCGUCGAUGGAUUCAAAGUCUCAGGCAGCGCCUACAAAAUCAUCAACAAGCGAGCCUAUCACCAUGGCACCAUGCUCAUCGAUGCUGAUACCGCCACGCUCAAAGGUUGUCUUUCAAAAAAGGGGAAAACGGGCAUUGUCUCCAAAGGUGUUGAAUCCGUUCCAUCACCCGUCACCAAUCUUCGAGAGUACUCAUACACCAUCGAUCAUCAACAAUUCUGUGAAUCCGUAUUGAACGAGUUUACUUAUGAUUACAAUGGUGGUUUGGAUGUUGAGCCCAUUGUUUUCGAUGAAUCUCACGUGGAUAGCCUACCUCAACGGGUGCAUGAUAUGCGAAAGGAAUUGCAAACAUGGGACUGGAUAUAUGGUCAGACACCAGAGUUUACCAAUGAAAUGAAAACCGACUUUGAUUGGGGACAUGUGGAUGGCUUGAUUCGAUGUCGCCAUGGGAUCAUCACGGAAGCUGAAUUGACAAGCGAUGCUACUGGUGCACAUCCAGUGACUGUAUUGGCUGCAUUAUCCAAUGCUUUAAUAGGGUGCCGCUAUUCUGAGCAACCCGUCAACGCCGCAAUAGCGAAAAUCCAAAAUAACGUACCCGGGUUAAUGAAUCCUGAGAAUCAGUCGAUGGUGCACCAACUUGUUGAAUGGCUCAGUAAUAGACUAAAGUAG